GUGGGAGUCCGCGCGGGGCUCCAGGUAAACCAAGCGCCGCGUAGUGCCGAGCCCGCCGCCAGCCGCCGAGCCAUGGAGAUCGGCACCGAAAUCAGCCGCAAGAUCCGGAGUGCCAUUAAGGGGAAAUUGCAAGAAUUAGGAGCUUAUGUUGACGAAGAACUUCCUGAUUACAUUAUGGUGAUGGUGGCCAACAAGAAAAGUCAGGACCAAAUGACAGAGGACCUGUCCCUGUUUCUAGGGAACAACACAAUUCGAUUCACCGUUGAACCCUCUAGUCUAAAGUCUUCUGAUACCAACAUCUUUGAUACUAAUGUGCCUUCAAACAAAAGCAGUUUCGGUCGGGGAGAUGAGAGACGGCACGAAGCUGCAGUGCCGCCUCUUGCAGUUACAAGCACUAGACCUGAAAAAAGGGAUUCCAGACUUUCCACAAGUUCACAGGAGCAGAAAACCACUAAUGUUAGACAGACUUACGAUGAUGGAGCUGCAACCCGACUAAUGUCAACCGUGAAACCUCUGAGGGAGCCAGCACCUUCGGAAGAUGUGGUUGAUAUUAAGCCAGAACCGGAUGAUCUCAUUGAUGAAGACCUCAAUUUUGUGCAGGAGAAUCCCUUAUCUCAGAAAAAGCCUACAGUGACAGUUACAUAUGGUUCUUCUCGCCCUUCUAUUGAAAUUUACAGGCCACCUGCUAGUCGAAAUGCAGAUAGUGGUGCUCAUUUAAAUAGGUUGCAGUUCCAGCAGCAGCAAAACAGUAUGCACGCUUCCAAACAGCUUGAUGUACAGAAUAGCCGGGUAUAUGAAACAGGACGCUUGUGUGAACCAGAAGUGCCUAAUAGCUUAGAGGAGACUUACAGUCCCUUCUUCAGAAACAGCUCGGAAAAAAUGGAUAUUGAGGAAGAAAACUUUCGGAAGAGAAAGUUGCCUGUGGUAAGUUCAGUUAUUAAAGUAAAAAAAUUCAAUCAUGAUGGAGAAGAAGAGGAAGAAGAUGAUAAUUAUGGUUCCCGGACAGCAAGUGUCUCAAGCAGUGUGUCAGUGCCAGCAAAACCUGAAAGGAGACCUUCACUUCCACCUUCAAAACAAGCUAACAAGAAUCUAAUUUUGAAGGCCAUCUCUGAAGCUCAAGAAUCUGUAACAAAAACAACAAACUAUUCUGCAGUUCCACAGAAACAGACACUUCCAGUUGCUCCGAGAACUCGAACUUCUCAAGAAGAAUUGCUGGCAGAAGUGAUCCAGGGGCAAAGCAGGACCCCCAGAAUAAGUCCCCCCAUUAUAGAAGAGGAAACAAAAGGAGAUAAUAUAGAAAAAAGUCAAGCUGAGAUGAGUGAAUUGAGUGUGGCACAAAAACCAGAAAAACUUUUGGAGCGCUGCAAGUACUGGCCUGCCUGUAAAAAUGGGGAUGAGUGUGCUUACCAUCAUCCCGUUUCACCUUGCAAAGCCUUUCCCAAUUGUAAAUUUGCUGAAAAAUGUUUGUUUGUUCAUCCAAAUUGUAAAUAUGAUGCAAAUUGUACAAAACCAGAUUGUCCUUUCACUCAUAUGAGUAGAAGAAUCCCAGUACUGCCUCCAAAACCAGCAGUUGCAACACCAGCAUCACCUUCUAGUAGUCAGCUCUGCCGUUACUUCCCUGCUUGUAAGAAAAUGGAAUGUCCCUUCUAUCAUCCAAAACAUUGUAGAUUUAACACUCAAUGUACAAGACCUGACUGUACAUUUUACCAUCCCACCAUUACGGUACCACCACGACAUGCCUUGAAAUGGAUUCGACCUCAAACCAGUGAAUGAUACCCAGUCCUACCUGGCAGAAGAUCAUGGAUUUGAAAGUCUCCAUCUACUGAUGAAAGAUAUUCUGCAGAACUUGUCAAAUCUUUGAAACUUGGAAUAUAUUGCUUUCAUAAUAUGAAGUUUAUUGCCUACUUGAAGUGUCUAAUUUUUCAAGUUUGUAAGUUUAUUAAGUGGUUUUAACAUUGGGUAUGGUUUUCUUUGUUUUGUUUUGACUAAUGAAAAGACAGUUUAAGGAAAAGCUAAAUUCGAUUAAAACAUUUGAGGCAUGUUUGUACACUGCUGUUUUAAGUAUGAGCAUUUAUAGUGUGGUUGAUUUCAUUGUUAUUAAUGGUAGUACAGGUUAGGGCUCCAUCGUUACGUGUAAAUACAGAUGUGGGGAAGAGGAGUGUCCUUAUUGUAAAUACUGGAUUGCUGCUUUUAGUUUUCCCAAAGAUCUAAUUUUCAUAAUCUACUGUGAAAACAGGAGAAUGGACAAAAGUGUGAGAUGGCUUAUAAUAGUCAUUAAUUUCUGCUUUUUAAAUUUCUAAGUGAAUUUAGUUCGACAAGCAUGAUAAUACAGGCCUCUCGGGUUGAGUGCCUCUGUGGUAAAAUGGUUCCCGAGUAGCCAGUCCUUCGCCUCCUGGGAAAGGACUAGUGAGAUGGUUGUGUAGAGUGAAAACAGUUGGUAUGGCAAGUGCAAAAAAUAUUAAUAAUUCCUUAAAUGCUUUCAGUUACUAUUAACAUAUACUUUUUAAAUAAAUAUUUUGGGGAACUACAUUAUCACAAAAUUAUACAAAAUUUUUUACAAGUAUAUACAUAAGGUUUCAGAAAACAUUCACGAGAUUAUAGCUAUACAUAUAUUCACAUUCUGAAAAAUAACAUUCUUGAAAAUAACUUCACAGAAAAUACUUAGUUAUUACUGAAGAAAAUUUUUGCAAUGUAAAAAUUAGAUUUGAAUAGUAUAUUUUAAAUGACAGCUAUGUAAUUACAGAGAUCAGAUGGGUAAACUGCAAAAUGGGACUAAACUUUUGAAAUGUUGAGUUAUACAGUUUUUCUGUGUGUGGUCUCGAUAAUUGUUAAGGCAAGAAGUGUCAGAUGCUUUAGAAUUAAAUAACAAAUGGAUCACUGAAUUUAAAGACUUGAUGUACAGUAGUUUUGUUUUAAAUUAAAGCUAAAAGGUGGUUAGAAAAUGAACAAAUUAAUGGCAGAAGGGAAAAUAUUGACUCAGACAUUUUCAGAACCAGAUUAAACUAGCUCUGUAAAAAAGUUCAUUGACUUGCUUAGGCAUAUACACAAGGAAUAAUAAAACCACAUGUAUAAAGGAAA